UUAUUAUUAUUAUUAUUAUUCCAUAACUUGUAAAAACCUGCAGCCAGCAGUAAUUGAUGACAAAUGCCUUCUAAAAUUGCAUCUAAUUCUCACUUCCCUUAGAAAUCUUAACUCAGCAAACAGCUAGACAUCGGCCCAACAAAAGAGGAAAGCAAAAGAAUAAUAAUAAACACAAACAUGGAUAAAAGUUGUAUUUUGGAGAAGGAAUGUAGACAUUAUCCAUGUUGUUUUAAUUUGGUGGUUGGUCUCUUACCACUUCUGGUGCCUAAUGGCUGCGUGAAAGCAAGCUAGUUAUUGAGUUUCAAAGGGUAGACCGACCCGUUUGGUACAAGUUAAUGAGGAGCCGGUCCCAAGCCCGGAUAAAGGAGGAGGGUUUUCCUGUAUUGGGUCAGAAUUAUACGAUAGGGAAUGAUUCCAUUUUCCAAAUACGACUCAAGUCUCACAACAUAAAAUGCAUGGGAGCACAUCAUCUAGUCAAUGGCAUGUUAUGGACAAGUAAACUGUAAUGGAAUGACUUAUGGCAGCUACGAGUGUUUGUGGAAAAGAAAUGUGGGCGCGCAUGCCUACAAUACCUUUUGCAGCAAGCACCCUUAACACGGAAAGUAAUGGUGUGAAAUUGAAAUGUAUCAAAAUUAUUUGCAAAGUGAAGUGCUAAUUGGGGGUUGCGGCUUUUAAUAAAAUAUUGAAUGCCCAUUUUCUUGACACUUUACAGCGAGAAUUGGAGCUGCAUUUCUAUGUUUAAC